UUGGAAAUAUUGUUCGAACAGUUCGAUCAGUUUAGUGGAUUUGAAAUAGUAGAUAUGAAACUUCGCGUCCGAAAGUUUAAUCGAACAAUGACGACACUGAAUGGCACGAUAUUCAUACAGCAGCCAAUAUCAAACGAUCUUGUGUUUCACACAGAUAUGUUCCACAGCCGGCUGGGAAAUCAGCAGUUCAACCACUACCCGUUCAAGUUGCCAACGUGUGGGUUUUGUGAUUUUUUCGACAACCUGCACAACAUGUACGAGGAGCACAUACAUGACAUUGUGAACGUGCCGCAGUUAGACGAAUGUCCGGUGAAGGUGCGGCAGGCACACAUCCUCGAUAAGGUAUUCCCAUCCUCCGUCUUACCCCCAUUUUGUCCAACAGGUUUGUGGAAAAUUAUCAUAAGCGGGUGGUUGCAAGAGGAGGAAAAGCUAAGCUACCAGAUGGUCGUAAAAGUGUAUGAAUCAGAUUUUUUCGGAUAG